UCCUGCACACAACGAAUCCAGUGUCAGCAGUUCGUUUUGUUUUUCUAAGUAAUAAUACUUUGUGCCUUGGCCUUCGAAGUAAAGGAUGAUGGAGCUUGACAGAGAUGACUGCCAAAGUGAUGAGUCCACCGUGGAAGAUGUAGAUGAUGCCACGUAUUCACUUGGUGACCUGAGUUGUGGGGAUGUUCAGCUGUGGGCUACAGAUCGAUGUAAGAGUGGUAGUGCCAUCAUGGUGUACAGGCCUAUGGAAGGUGCAGUGAUCCAUGGAAUUUGCAAACUGCUGACAAUGAGACAGGCGAGUGUUACUGAGGCGACGGAGUCAUUCCUGCAUGUUAUUAUGACACGGUUACACAAGGCAUCAGGUACUGCAAAUCUGCUACGCCAGGAAGUGUGCCAGCUGAAGGCAUGCAAGGGUGCUGAUAUUUCGCAAGCAUGGCAACAAAUGCUGUCCGUCAUCGCAACAGCUAUUCCCGAAGUGAAAAUCAAUUGUGAAGAUUUGGAAGUUACAUCUGCAGUGCUAGCGAAUCUGAUAAGCUACCUGCAUGCCACGGCUGCCGCUGCUAUCAGGAAAGCGUCAAUAGCACCAUCCAAAGCUGCUGAAGCCAUCCCCGAACCGGUGAUUGACAAUUUGUCUCACCUUGCUGAAAAGUACCAUGGUGGUUGGUGCUUGGUGGCCGUGCGGCGUGAGCUGGAAGGAGCAAGGUGUCGCAACGACAACUUGCUGCAGCUUAUACCUUUAUUUGGCAAGGAUGCCGUGACAAGCCUUCAGCCUUGUUUGGAGAAUUCAGGUGGCCCGGCGUGGCUCGGAAGCUCUGUAUAAGACACCAUACGUCACAGAUAAAAACAACUGAACCAGUGAUAUGUGAAUUUUGCGCUUGUGUGUGUGUGUGUGUGUGUGUGUGUGUGUGUGUGUGCUUCUGUGAUAAGUGGUAUAAGCAGUCCACAGGGUAUUCACCUUGAGUGCAUUCGCCGAUAGUGUGACUUUCGUCGCACAGAACCUUCUUCAGUUGGUCAGGUGACUCGGCGUGGCUCGGAAGCUCUGUAUAAGACAAAAUACGACACAGAUAAAAACAACUGAACCAGUGA